GUCGGUAGAAACACAGGUUGAUUCCAAAGAAAAAGGCUGAACUCAAACGCAAUCAAACAGUGAUUUCAUUGUUUGUUUUUUUUACUGAGCCGGUUAUUUUUUUCUCAUAAAUUUAUAAUUCGACUCUGCUGUAAACGAUUUUUUAACGAAAUGGCAAGAGGAGAGGGCGCGGAGCAAUUUUCCAAUGCGAGUCUCCUGGAGAAACCCAGCCUAGAUGGAGUCAAAUCAGCAGCAAAGCGUGAGGUGAAGGGCCAGUUGUCGGUCUGCAAUAAGAUGUGUUAUGCUGUUGGAGGAGCACCAUAUCAAAUAACAGGAUGUGCAAUUGGCUUCUUCCUUCAGAUCUACCUGCUGGACGUUGCUUUGUUGGAUCCAUUUUAUGCCUCCAUCAUCCUAUUUGUGGGUCGGGCAUGGGAUGCGAUCACAGACCCCACAGUGGGCUUUUUGGUCAGCCGGAGCCCCUGGACCAGAUUUGGACGAAUGAUGCCUUGGAUUGUACUUUCUACCCCAUUUGCUGUGCUGUGUUAUUUCCUCAUCUGGUAUGUUCCUGCUUUUGGCCAAAACAAUGUGGUCUGGUACUUGAUCUUUUACUGUGCCUUCCAGACGUUACAAACAUGCUUCCAUGUACCAUACUCUUCACUUACCAUGGUCAUCAGCUCUGAACAGAAGGAGAGAGAUUCAGCCACAGCUUACCGAAUGACUGUUGAGGUUUUGGGCACUCUCAUUGGCACUGCUGUUCAAGGUCAGAUUGUGGGAAUGGCUAAUGCUCCCUGUAUCCACACUGUGGAGGACCUCAACUCCACAAAUCUACAGGUGGCUCCUGAGGUCAACAUCACUGAGACUCAUACUUCACUUGUGCAUCUGAGAAAUGCUUAUAUGAUUUCAUCUGGUGUCAUCUGCUCCAUUUAUGUCCUCUGUGCCUUGGUCCUCUUCCUUGGUGUGAAGGAACAAAAAGAGACCUGCAGGAUAAGGUCUGAGCCCAUGUCGUUUUUCCAGGGCAUUCGUAUGGUAAUGGGACAUGGUCCAUAUGCCAAGCUGGUCAUGGGCUUCCUCUUCACCUCUAUGGCUUUCAUGCUCCUGGAGGGAAACUUUGCAAUGUUCUGCUGCCACACUCUGGGUUUCAGGAAAGACUUUCAAAACAUCCUGCUCGUCAUUAUGCUCUCUGCUACACUCUCUAUUCCAUUCUGGCAAUGGUUCCUCACAAAGUUUGGCAAGAAGACAGCAGUGUACAUUGGAACAACAUCUGUGGUGCCUUUCUUGGUCUCAGUCGUCUUGGUGCCAAGCAGUCUUAUUGUGACCUAUAUUGUGUCCUUUGCUGCUGGAGUCAGUGUUGCAGCCGCAUUCCUCUUGCCCUGGUCCAUGCUUCCUGACGUGGUGGAUGAUUUUAAAGUACUCAAUCCUGAUUCUCAAGGGCAUGAAGCUAUCUUUUACUCCUUCUAUGUGUUCUUCACUAAGUUUGCAUCUGGAGUCUCCUUGGGAGUCUCAACACUUAGCCUUGAUUUUGCUGGCUAUGUGACGCAAGGUUGCACGCAACCAGCAAAGGUUGAUUUAACUCUGAAGAUCCUGGUGUCUGCGGCUCCAGUUGUCCUAAUCAUUAUUGGGCUGCUAAUAUUCAUCAGCUAUCCCAUAAAUGAGGAAAAGAGACAAGGCAACCGCAAGCUACUAAAUGAACAACGAGAAAACGAGAUUGACUCAGAAACGGACUCAACUAAGCUCAAUGAGGUUUAAUAGCACCAGACGCUAGACAAAACAUCGUCCCACUUGCAUUGGACCAACAGAGGCAAAACAAACAACAAAUGCUGUGAACCAACCAUGUAUGCUGCCUUGUGGUUGAAAAAUUCCACUAGUCACCUGAAACGUAGCCGGGGAAAGCUCAAGUUCAAAGUGCAAUGUCAUUUCCAGUCGUAAGUGCUAAUGGACAAUAUGCAUAUAUCCCUCUGAUUGGCACAAAACUGCACGGUGACCGUAACAUCGUGUUUGAGUUGCCAGUGUUUGUGCUGUCUGCUGGAAUGCUUUUAUUAAAAGCACACAUCUAAACUGCACUAAGUAUAUGUGAGGUGGGACAUGUCUGCCAUGAGAAGAAACUUGAAAAUUGUUUUGGUGUUGAAACCAAAAUGCUUUUUAGUCAUUGCAUGAAAGUUACACUUUGAAAGGAAUGUCUGUGAAACUAUACACCAUGUACGUAAGAUUUGUAUCUAAUUUAAUAUUUAUAUUUUUGUGGAUCUAACUGAAUAACUCGAGCAAACUGAAACAAUGACAUUUGAUUAUUAUGCCAAACAUUAGUACUGCUCACAGAAAAGUUUAUUUUAUUAUUUUCUAUUGCUUUCCUUUGUGCACCCGUUUCAUUACAUUUCAAAAGCAGAUUUUCUCUCCUUUUGUGUUUAUACUUUCAGACUUUUUCCGAUUACAUCUUAUGGGCCUAAAGAGUUUUUGAAUGACACACUGAGGGAUGAACUAACACAUUUGAUUCCCCCCAUGUCUUCAAAUGAUAUGCUUCAGAUAGGUAGCUAAAGUCUGACAAAUCUACUCUGUAGCAAUUAUCUAAUGUACUGGUAGGAGGUAAAACUUGGGAGACUGUAGACAGUAUGUAGACUACCAGGACGCCAUAAGACCUAUUGAGUGUUCCAGGGAUAAACUGUAUGAGCAAUUGCUUCUGAUGUGAGAUGAACAAGAUUAUUUAAGUAUUUAUUUCUUAAGUUUUAAAUCUUAUGUUGAUUUGAUUAUGCCUUGUUCUCCCAUCUUUCUUAUUUCUUGUUUCUUGUAUUCUCGUUUAAGUUUCUUGGUCAAAUAAAAUAAGGGCAAUUAUAAUAGAUUUGUUGUCACUAUUGAAAUAUUACUUCUAGUAUGCCAAUAAUUCCUUUGGGAAAAACAUUCAAUGUGUUUACAAGUGACACUGCUAUUAGUUUGGGUGUUAAAUAUUAUCUGGUCUGUUUUGUUUGGUGUCAGUGUCCUUUUGAAUGUCCAUAUUUGUCUCAAAAUUGCUUAUGCAAGACAUUUGUUUAUUGUAUAGAAAUGUUUGUAAUGUCAGUUCCCAGCCUGCCACAUACUGUAUGUGUCAAAGAUUUGAAAAAGUGUUUCCUUGCCAUGUGUAUGUGCUGUGAUCUAUAUGUACAUAUACUGAAAGUACAGAUUUUGCAUUUUCUCUCUGGGAAAAUGGUGGCAUUUGUAAAUAUUCAUUUGUAUAAGGUGUCUCAUCAGUGCAUAUUUGAAUGCUUUGUAUAGAAGUUAAUACCAUUUUCUUACUGGUGGAAAUUUUGAAUGAGCAUUUAACACUGGUUUAGGGUGAUUUAUUGAGAUUUCCUUAUUCCGAUACCACAAAAUACAGUUAUUGUAUAUAAUAUAUGUUCCAAUGUUUGUAAAUAUAUUUGAUAUUUUUGAUCCCGAAUGUGGAUGUGUGUUAAAUAGUUAUUUAAAAAACAAUGUU